AUGGGAUCUGGUAGUUCUGUAAAUGCCAACUACAAGUACUCCCUGCAGAAGUCUGAAAAUGCUUUCAAGGCAGCCGUCUUGAUCCAACGGUGGUAUCGGCGCUACAUUGCUCGGCUGGAAAUGCGCCGACGUUGCACCUGGAGAAUCUUUCAGUCCAUUGAGUAUGCUUGCGAGCAGGAUCAGAUCAAGCUUCACAACUUUUUCAGUUACCUCAUGGACCACUUCACGCCAAGCAGCAGCAAAGAGAGGGAUUUCAUCAGUCGCAUGUUCGUAAGCGGGGAAAGCUUCAAAGAGGCAGAGCUGGAAAAAUACUGUGACUAUGAAUCCAUGGAGGUGCCAGACUCCUACACUGGACCCCAUCUCUCUUUCCCACUCCUUCCUGACCAUGCGACUGCCUUGCUGGAAGCUUUCAAACAGAAACAACAGCUCCACGCUCGCUAUGUCUUAAACCUUCUGCAUGAGACCAGGAAGCACCUCAAACAGUUGCCAAACAUCAGUCACAUCUCCACCUGCUAUAGCGAGGAGGUCACCGUGUGCGGAGACUUGCACGGCCAGCUGGAUGACUUGUUCCUCAUAUUUUAUAAGAAUGGCCUUCCUUCCCCUUCCAAGUCCUAUGUGUUCAACGGGGACUUCGUAGACAGAGGCAAACAGUCCCUCGAGAUUCUCAUCGUCCUGUUUACCUUCCUCUUGAUCUAUCCAAAAGAGGUUCAUCUCAACCGUGGGAACCACGAGGACCACAUGGUCAACUUACGCUAUGGUUUUGCCAAGGAAGUAAUGCAGAAAUACAAGGUGCACGGAAAGAAAAUCUUGAAGAUGAUUCAGAAUGUCUUCUGCUGGCUGCCCCUGGCCACCCUGAUUGAUCAGAAAGUUCUCAUCAUACACGGGGGCAUCUCUGACACCACUGACCUGGACAUGCUUGAGAAAAUUCAAAGGAACAAAUUCCCAUUGCCGAUUAAAUCUAUGUACUCUACCUUUUGUGAAAUGUCUGAGCAGCAGCAAGUCGAUGAAGAAGAGAGAGCUCUAGGGAAGAAAAGAAAGGAGUCGAAUAGAAAUGUGGAAAUACAGGAAAUAAACGGGGAGAGCAAAGUAGAGGCUGACUCAGCAGGGAACGAGGCAGCCCCCAGUUUAUCUCUGGAGCCCCGGCCGGCCCAGGCUCCCAGCACGGCCAACAGGCUGGAGUUCUCCAGGUGGGUCCGGCAGACGGUGCAGGAGCAAAUUGAGUGGUGCCGCCGGCUGGUGGACAUCAGCGAGUCGGAGGAGGAGGAGCUCACCUAUUCCAGUGUGGUCUCCUUGACGGAUUUGGAUGGGCCGUGCUGGACUUGCCAGGAGGAGUGGAAGCAGAUUUUAGACAUUCUCUGGAGUGACCCCAUGCCUCAGGAGGGCUGCAGAGCAAAUACGGUGCGAGGUGGUGGCUGCUACUUUGGGCCUGACGUGACAGGGAAGAUCCUCGAGAAGUACAACUUGCAGUUCCUCAUCCGCUCCCACGAGUGCAAGCAGGAGGGCUACGAGUUCUGUCACAACCGGAAGGUGCUGACCAUAUUUUCGGCCUCAAACUACUAUGAGAUUGGCAGCAACAGGGGAGCCUAUGUGAAGCUGGGACCGGACCUCGUCCCCCAUUUUGUUCAGUACCAAGCCAACAAGACGGCCCAUACUCUCACUAUGACCCAAAGAAUCAGCAGAGUGGAGGAGUCAGCCUUUCGAGCUUUGCGGGAAAAGCUCUUUGCUCACACCUCAGCCCUCAUCAGCACGUUCAAGGCCUACGAUAAGGACAAUACGGGAAGGAUCACGCUGAGCAACUGGGCGACAGCAGUGGAGUCAGUCCUGAACCUGGGCUUGCCCUGGCGAAUGCUGAGACCGCAGCUGGUGCGCAGCACGGCGGACGGCAUGCUGGAGUACAAGUCGUGGCUCGACGACUUGGCCAUGGAGCAGCGGAGUCAAGAGCACAUCCAGUCGAGCUUGCUGGAAGUCAUUUAUCGAAACAGAUCCAACUUGGAGACCAUAUUCAGGAUCAUAGACAGAGAUCAUUCAGGCCUCAUCUCGUUUGAGGAAUUCCACCAAACCUGGAAGCUGUUCAGCUCCCACAUGAACAUUGAACUCACGGAUGAUGGGAUCAACGACUUAGUUCGCAGCAUUGAUUUCAAUAAGGAUGGAAAUAUCGACUUCAAUGAGUUCCUAGAGGCCUUUCGCCUUGUCAAACAGUCACAGUAGUGAGAACCUGGUGCGGGUUGCCACGUCCAAUGCCUUGACUGUCUGCGAAGCCAGGAGGACUGCUUCCUA